UGGUCAGUAGACCACGCCUCCGUGCUCAUAUACUGAGGAAUACAGAGGAUCAGAAACAAGAGCUGAACUAUUGAAGGUCUCCAGGAAACAUAAAUAUGAAAAAGGAAACAUUAAAAGAACGCCGAAAAUACACACACACACACACACACACACACACACACACACACACACACAGUACCCAGAGGAAAUCCACACAGACAUGGAGAGAGCACGCAAACUCCACGCAGAAAGGACUUUGGCCGCCAGGGAAUCGAACCCUUCUUGCUGUGAGGUGACAGCGCUACCCACUGCGCCACCAUGCCACCCCAUGACUAAAAUAAAGCAAAAUAAUUUCAGCAGAUUUACCAGUUGAGCCUGUACCCAUGAUGCUAACAGAAUGAAAUGAAUGAUGUCCUGUUUGAAGUCUUCUCCUGCACUUUCCUACCCAUUUUAAAUGUGCUUCCAUAAACACAUCAGGAUAUUCCACCAAGAGGAAUGUUAAGCUGCAUAAAACAGGUGGUAUAAAUAAAUAUGUCGUCCAUGGGAUGCUUUGGAAAUCAGCAAGCAUCAUCUGAUACCCUCCACAUGAACACAUCUCAUAGGCAAACACAGAAACACAGCAAGGAGAGAACUCACUAUUGCUUAGAGUGUGGAAAGAGUUUUAUUCAACAGUCUCAUCUCAAAAUACACCAGCGCUUUCACACUGGAGAAAGGCCUUAUCACUGCUCAGUUUGUGGAAAGAAUUUUACCGUACAGAGUCAUCUCCAACAACACCACCGCAUUCACACAGGAGAGAAGCCGUAUUACUGCUUAGAGUGUGGAAAGAGUUUUAAUCGUCAGAGUAAUCUCCAAGAACACCAGCGUAUUCACGCAGGGGAGAAGCCGUAUCAGUGCUUCGAGUGUGGAAAAAGUUUUAAUCGUCAGAGUCAUCUCCAAAAACACCAGCGCAUUCACACAGGAGAGAAGCCGUAUCACUGCUUAGAGUGUGGAAAGAGUUUUAGUCAUCAGAGUCAUCUCAAACAACACCAGCGCAUUCACACAGGAGAGAAGCCGUAUCACUGUUCGGUGUGUGGGAAGAGUUUUAAUCAACAAGGUCAUCUCCAGGAACAUCAGCGCAUUCACACAGGAGAGAAGCCGUAUUACUGCUCAGAGUGUGGGAAGAGUUUUAAUCGUCAAAGUAGUUUUCAAGAACACCAGCGCAUUCACACAGGAGAGAAGCCAUAUUACUGCUCAGAGUGUGGGAAGAGUUUCAGGCAUUCAAAAACUAUGACAAAACACAAGUGUACUAAGAGCAUGGUGGAACAGGGCAGUAAUGAGUGUAACCUUAACACAUUCCAGGAGUAAAAGUCUCCAGGGAGUGGUGCUUCAAGCCCAGAUUUCAAAUAGUUUUUAGGGGACAACCACAUGUUGUUUAACGCUAUUUCUAAACAUAAGCAUAAAAUAAAAUUUAGCACCCUCCACGGUCUCUGUCUUUCAAAGGAAGCUCAAAGGGCAUGGCAUGCAGUGUAAUACCUGCACAUGCCCCUGCCCUUGUUGGGGAAAAAAAGGACAUUUUGUUAUUGUUGUUAUUAAUGUUUGUCAGUUAAUAUUUAUGUAUUGGCUAUGUUUUAUUGUGUUCUGUUGUGGGUUAGUUAGUGUGAUUUAGUGUUCACCAUCAGUGAGUGUUGUAUGGCUAUUACUGACCUUCCCUGCUAUUUUCCCUGUGAAAUCUAAAAGAGCAUAUUUCACUCUGUUAGAAAUAAAAGCAGUUUUCCUCUUUGCCACGAAUAAAGCUUUGGUAUGAAUAUGAGCUUAGAGUUGUUUAAGCUUUGUCUAUUUACCCCUCGCUACAAUGUCAUUUACUGUGCUGAACACUAAGUCAAGCUGACAGCUCAUAUACCCAUGCAGGUGUAUACAGUUCAUGCAGGUGAGGUACUUCACAUUCCCCCUAAAAUUAGUUUUAGUUCAUUUUAAUUUAAUUAAUUUGUACCAUGUGUACCAUCAAAAAGCUCUAUAUUUGAUAAUAAUGUGCUGUUUACUUUCCAAUUUAUUAUAUCUUAUGUAAUAUGUUUCUGUUGCAGUGAUUGAUGCUUUGACGAACACAGAAUCUCUCUUAUGCCCCAUUGAGUCCUAUGCAUUAAUUAAUGUUUGUUACAAGAAAAGUGCCAUUUUGUCUUCCUUUUUAGCCUUUAGAUGUUUUCUGUAUGUUGUAUGCUCAGAGUGUUCUUAUUAAGGACUGCCUCAAAAGAGAUAUGACUCUUUAAACUGCGACAGUGAAGUUUUUGCUGUGCUAGGCAAAACCGAACAGCUUUGAAAAGAGACACAGUAGUAUGAAGGACUACAAGACAAGCUGAGAGAUGUACUGGUGACCUCUCCUCAGAAUGGUGUAUGUACGCCUGUUCUACAUGGCAUAAAGUUGCAUACAGGCCAGACUACAACUCAUCCAUGAAUUUUCCAAUUUUCCAGUUUUUAGAGACGUUUAGGAAUUGUGUUGAUGUUCUUUGUGAUGCUUGGAAAGUGAUUGUUCCUUGAGAAGUAUGCUGUGACAUGAGAAGGAGAUUUAUGUCCAUCAUCAACCUGUCCUACCAGACAUAGUGGCAGCCUAUGGUACAGGAGUUGGAACAGGGUAUUUUCAUCAUUGUAGAACUGGGUGAAAGGUGCCCGAUGGGGGUGUUCAAGACCUUGAGCCUCACUGAGGGCAACUCUUUCUGACAUUGUUAUGAUGCACACGAUGGACACUGUCAUUGUUCCUGAAACAUUUUUUUUGUAAUGUUGAUUUAACAUGUGCAUGCAAUUCUAUAUGUUGAUUGUUUAAUAAACAUAUAAUUUGCAUAAAGGUA